AGCUGAUAGCCGCUCUCAGGCUUUUCUCUGGAUUGAUGCUACUAGAACUUGGCAGUCCUACUCUUGGCACGAAUAAUAAAAGUGAUAAAGUUUAGUAAGGGGAACAACUUGUGCAUUUUGUUUUUUUUACGAUAUUAUAUCAUAAUAGAAUAUGUCGGAUAAUUCCGAAGACGAGUUGAACUGUGCCGAUGGUGUUGAAGAAACGCCAUGGAUUUUGUACAGAAAUCGCGAUGAGUGGAGUGACGUGACUCCUCUACCUCAGGAUGACGGUCCACAUCCUAUUGUAGCAAUCGCAUAUUCCGAAAAGUUUAAAGAUGCCUAUGAUUAUUUCCGUGCCAUUCUUAAGUCAAGUGAAAAGUCAGAACGUGCAUUGGCUUUAACGGAAGACUGUACAUGGCUUAAUCCAGCAAAUUAUACUGUAUGGCAAUACAGAAGAGAGAUACUUCAAGCUCUGGGAAGAGAUUUGCACGAUGAAUUAAAAUAUACAGACAAAAUGAUAAAGUACAAUUCUAAAAAUUAUCAAGUAUGGCACCACAGAAAGGUUAUUGUUGAGUGGCUGCAAGAUCCUAGUGAAGAAUUAGCAUUUACAGAAACUAUUUUAUGUAAAGAUGCAAAAAAUUACCAUGCUUGGCAGCAUCGUCAGUGGUGUAUACAAACAUUUAAUUUAUAUGACAAAGAAUUGGAAUACGUAGAACAAUUGCUGAAGAAUGAUGUUCGCAAUAAUUCUGCCUGGAAUCAACGUUACUUUGUGAUAAGUAAUACGAGUAAGUUCGAGCAAGAAGUGGUUGAUAGAGAGAUUGACUUUGCACUAGAGAAGAUAGAAUUGGCAAGUGGAAAUGAGAGUGCUUGGAAUUAUUUGAGAGGAAUAUUAUUACACGAUUGUAGUGGUUUGGGUUACAAUCAGAAAGUACGACUUAAAUGUUUUAAAAUGUAUCAACAUGGAUGUCGUACUAAUCAUCUAUUAGCUUGCAUGAUAGAUAUUUCUCAAGAAUGCCAUACCACGGAAUAUAUAUUUGCUCCAUAUCAUGUUAAUAAUACUUAUGAGUUAUGUAAACAAUUGUCAACAAAGUAUGAUAAAAUACGGAGGCGGUAUUGGGAUUAUAUAGCUAAGGAGUUAAUGGAAAAAAUGACAAAGGAGCUUGAUGAAUGACUGAUGAAGGUCUGAUUAACUCAGUUAAGAACUAAAGAAAUCUUAUAGUAAGAAUUGUUCAAAAAGUUUUAGACAAUGUUUUUACAUAUCAACUUUACGGUUGAUGUUUCUUGGCCUCUUUUGUCUACAAAUUUCUGUGUAUUGCACAAAAUUCAGCAAUUUCUACAUAUAACCAGUUUAUACGAAAAGUGACAACAGCAUCUCAUGUGACCUUGAAGUAUCAUUAGAAUUUGUUAAGUAUUCAAAGAAAUUAUGUUAAGCGAUAGCAUUAAGCUGUAUCAGAUAUUCAAGAUAGCAUUAAGCUGCAUCAGAUAUAUUGUAUCGGUGUUAGUAAUCUAAAUAAAAUGAUGCUUUAUUUUGUGUUGACA